UAGGAAAUCUUAAACAUUCCACCAAUCCCAACCGUCAAAGUGGUGUGCGUGCGAAUAGAAACGUUCGACAAGUUUAGCCAUCUUGCAGUAGGUUAAGUGCAGAGGAGUGAAAUUGGUUGGCGAACGGUGACAAGCUUCUAUCAUCGACGAGAAAAAAAAUUCGGAAGAUUGGCGCUACAACAUGCAUAUUCUGCAAACAAAAACUGAUAAAAAGCUUCGUAGGAAGAACGAAAUUGGUUUCGUAAAACUCUAACUGCUAAACUUUUGUGAUCGGCUCACGAAUUCCGUAAAACAUAAUUAUAAUAAUUCGGAAGAAUGUUUGCAAACACAAACAUAUUUACGGAUAAGGAGACCACUAACUGGUUCAAGGCGUGCAUAGCUCUCAUUGUAACGAAAGAUGGUCUUUCUUCCUUUGUUGAAAGCGAGUUACAAAAGAUCCAGACGACCGUUGGUAGAAGUUGCGGAAACUGUUCUAUUGAAAAACUGCUGCCAUGCCCUACAAAUGGUAUUUGUAAAAAGAGAAAAGGAAAUACAUGCAUAUUUCACCAGUCACAGCAACCCCAGAAUUGCAAAAGUUGUGAUCAGGUAAAACAAAAUAUCACAUCGUUACAUAGAUUUAAUGGACCUUCUUGGCGUAAUACUCAAGCGGAACUAUGGGCAACACAGCCGUGGGAAAUCGGUAAAUGCUUCCUCCCUCCAGACGGUUACAGCGGAGUUUCCUCGGUCCAAGAAUCCGACUUCAAUGGCGUUAUAAGCAUAAUGCUGAACUGCACACAUUUCCAGACAUGCCUCUCUUCCUCGUGUCUAUCGCCCCCACCACCUGAUAAGCAAUGUCUGUUAGAAAAGGUUCGUCAGAUAGGUCGAGAUAUACGUCACACAUCCGACUGUAAAGUGUCAGAUGCUCAUCUACAGAAUAAUUUUCAAACACUGUCAACGCUACUAGCUGAUCCAAAGUGCUUAUUGAAUGACCCAUCGGCAAAAAUAUCGAAAACAAAACUAGGGGAUUUGCAGAAUGAUCGUAUGUCACUAAGUGAACUGGGGGAGUUGUUGAAGGAGGCCGAUCGAACCCUCAAAAAUGCUAACGAAGUCGGAGAACGAGUUUCUGAAGCGGCGGAACGUAAACUUGCAGAAUGUUUAGAACAACUUGAGGCUUCUUUACAAGCUGGAGAAAAACGCAUACAAAGCAGGAUAGAUGAUGGCAAACAACGAAUAGAACAAGCGAUACAGGAUGGGAAACAACACAUUGGAGUCAAGAUACAAAAUGGAGAACGAUGCAUUGAAAGCAAGAUAGAUAAUGGCAAACAACACAUUGAACAAACGAUACAGGAUGGAGAAAAGCGCAUAGAAGCAAAGAUACAGGAUGAGGAAAACCGCAUAAUUCAGACAAACAGUGAACAGGCGGAACAAAACUACACACGCAGCGUAGAAGAAAUGCUCGGAGCUUUGAUGAUACAUUACGACAGAACACUUAGUCAUUUUCCAUCCUCGCCAUUAAACGACUGGUUUCAUGCACGUUUAGACGAUGUUUAUAUGCCUCCUAACAUGCUACUGAUGGAAAAAAAGGAAGGAUCCUUCAAAAAAACUCAAACACAAAUUACGAAAUACCAAAAUGUGUUAAACCAGCAGACGUUUAUUCAAGGUGAGGCCGGAUCGGGCAAGUCCUCUUUCCUUGCUAAGUUAGUCAUGGAUUGGUGUGGUAUCGCAAAAACAACGCAAACACGCGAACCGGUGAUGAUACAAGAAACAAAUUAUGCUAAAUCUGAUACUCGAGCGAAUAAGUCAACCUUCUUUGAUGAUUUAACGUCGUUAAAAAGUUACAAGUUUGUAUUCUACAUAACAUUGAGGGAUUCGGUUAAGGUGUUUGAAAUUUUACAAAUGAUAAAAGAACAACUAAUUGACGAGAUAUACUCAUCUCAGGAAGAUCGUGAGAAGGCUUACAGACUAGUGAAUGAGAUCAUGAAACAUGAACGUUGCUUGGUCCUACUUGAUGGUCUAGAUGAGUGGAAAAGUCCUGAUGAUCGUCACCAUCUACCGACAUUGGUAGCAAUUCAUACCCAGUGUGAUCUUGUAAUAACGACUAGACCUUGGAAAUUGGCGGAAGCGAAAAUUCCUGACUCAAAGAUUGAAACAUUACUGCAUCUAGAAGGAGUAAAUGAACCUUUUGUUGUGAGCCUAAGAAUCUUGCGUUGUAGGGAAGAUUGCACAAAUAGCGAGGAUGUGGAAAAUAAACACUCUGCAUUUGUGUCAUAUGUUGAUAGAAAUGAUCUUCGUGACUUACUAGCCUCUCCGAUGUUGUUGACUUUAAUUGUACAAACGUGGGCAGAAGGGACAGAACUUAAGGGCAAUAAAUGUCAGAUAUACAGUCUUUUACUCGAAAGUCUUUUUAAAAAAGCUAACAGUGAAGAAGACCAUUUUCAUAAAACACCUUUCCCCUGCUUAAAAGAGACGCGAUACAUAAAGCCUAACAUCGAACACUUCAAUCGUUUGUCUGAAGCGGCAUUUCAUUUAUUGUUUUCAGAAACAAAAGAAAAUUCUCUUGUAUUUGGCAUAGAACAAUUAAUACAAUACAAGUUAUACGAACGAAAAGACUUUGUAAUGAGAACUGGCAUUUUAUCAGCUACACGAAAAGCAUCUGCAUUGAGAUCGUCUUCAUCAUUUUCUUUCGUCCAUAAAAGCGUACAAGAAUUCCUAGCUGCCUAUUAUAUCGCCUGCAACUGUCAUGUCAUUGAUGAGGUCAUUCCCGGAUAUCUAAAACGACACGACGAAUCCUAUCGGGAUAUGCAUGAAGUUCUGAUAUUUUUAUGUGGACUCAAUAUAUCAGCAGCGAAUGAACUAUCGAUUUUGAUGAAUAACGCUGCUUGUGAUAUAAGUGCAAAGUUGAUAUACCAAUGUGUUAACCUGAUAUCACAGAUUAACAGGUAUUAAGUAAUAAAUAUUUAGAGAGAUUUCAGACCGAGUUAGACUAGAAAAGCAUAUAUCUGCAUUCGCCUAAAACACAAUUGUUUCUUUAAAAAUAUUGUUAUCAUUAUAAAGGUAAUAUAGAAAUGGUCAAGAUUAAGGCAACAUGUUAUGUUUUUUAUGUUAACGUUAAUAGCCUCUGAGAUAUUCAUUAGCGAAUCUUUGUAGACUUCCGGGCCGAUGCUGAUUUUCUUAAUGAGUAGUUCAUUUGCGCCAUGGCAUGAAACGUUAUUGUUUGUUUAUAAAUAUUGCUGAUGUACGUAUCUUGUUUAAGGUUUUAUAAAAUAUUUGAGCCUUAGAUUGUUUUGUUCAUUUUAACGCGAACAAUCACGGAGAUAUGCAUUAGUGAAUAUUUCUAACAUUUCUUGUCAAUGAAGAGUUUCGCACUGAAAAGUACACAUUGCCCUGAGCGUAACUAUUUUAAAACUAACAUAUCAAUUAAGAAGUAAAUGAAAAAGCUAUAACCGAAAACAAAUACUGCGAUGCUAGCGUUUCCGAUAGCCCAUAUCGCAAAUAUCGAUUAAAUCUUUUAGAUUGCGUUUUAAGUUGAGAAUGUAAAAGAAAUGGCGAUUGGAAAACAAAAACAAGUUUUCUCUAUAAAUGUAUCAAUAUAACCUUCUUUAAAAGAGCACUCGGUACCUAUUUAUGCGCGAAAUUGCAAUAAAAACCAUACGGGGUAAUAGAUAAUCAACUGUUUAUAGAUAGCAUGACGCUCUAUCAAAUAUUCAAGCCACAUUACAGAGUUAUGUAUGCUGACUCAUAUGCUUCACGAGAAAUUCUCAGGUAACGUUCAAGUCGCCGAACAGUGAAGAUCACCGUUUUAUCGGUUCCAAGCAUGCUUAUGAGGGCGGGGUUAAUUGGCAACUAAUAUUUUUAAUUGACAUCGGUAAACCGGUAGCCGCUUUAUUAAACAGUACAUUAAAGACGAUGCCGGGCGUCCACAUCAUCAUCACACAUUUUAACUGUAAACAAUUUGUGUAAACAUAUUGUUAAAGAUUUUGACUUAUGAAAAUUUGAUCACAAAUGGUGAGCAAUAAAUGAUUAAUGGCGAGCAAAUUGUGAAAACGAUAACCUUUAAUAAUUUUACGCGGUAGCAAAUUGAUUCCAGUACAUGGAUUCGUGUAUAUUGCCAUGUCUAUUUAUGGAACUCAUUUACACCAUUUUUUUACAGGCAAGUGAUACAAUUUGCUGCUUCAAGUCCCUUUGUACGCAUUUACAGUGUUUUCAAUUCAAUGUACGCCAUUUUAAACCCGUGUUUUAAUAAUGGCGCGAAAUGUUGCUUUCGUCUUUCAAGUUCCAUGCGUGAUUGUUGCAAAUUACCAUGCGCUGUAACUAAAAAAGAAGCUACGCGAAUAUCAAUACAUGUAAUAUUUUAUAAUGAAUAUUUUUAAUUGGAAUAAUGCAUAUAAUGGAAAAGUAUUGACCAUUGAAACCAGAGAAAAACGUACGUCAAAGUACGAUUAAUACAUUGCAAAAGAUGUAUUUUAAAGAGUCAAGAAGCAGCAGACUACGUAU